AUGGGACCAGUGGUCUGGGAGGGCUGGUGGCCUGAGGAGAAUAUGGGCCACAAAGUCUCCUCCGUGCCCCCCGAGAAGGGCUUGCCGAUGCCCUGGGGGGCCACUAAAAGCGGGAAAAAACCCCAUGCCGACGAAACCCCAAACUCUCCAAACAGGCAGUGGAGCGUUGAGUUUUGCGCCAAAACAAGCCGUAACGGCCCUUUUUUGGGGCGAAACCCAGCUGUAUCCGUCACACGCGCCGCCGCGCUCUGCUCUCUUUCUAGAUGUUCUGCGCCGCCGAGCAGAAAAAACGCCGCGGAGACGAGCAGAAGCCCCAACGAAGAGGAACUAACGAGCGGCGGCUCCCCAGAGGUGCCCUCCACCCCUCGAGAGGAUUCGGCGAGGGUUUUGCCACGACGCCGGAGCCCGGGGAGGGCGGAAGGAAACGCGCAGUGGCAGCGAGGUCCAAACAGGCACUUUUUAUUCGUGGUGGCAAAGGCUGACAGCGACAGGACGGUCACACGCGAAGGCGCUCCCGCCGCAGAUACGUCCUCGCGCAGGAGCCCCGCUGCAUACUCUUCCCCCUUGGAUCGGCCCCGCCGAGACGCGAGGGAAAAAAAGGCGCUUUAUCGGAACGCAGGCGUUUCAUGCCAGCCACCGCGGCUCUCCGCCAGCUGUGGGCUCAGGGGUUACAUCUCCGCCUGCCGCCAGGAGCUGCCAAAGGUCGGGACCUUCCCAUUGCGAAGAGCAGUCAGCCCCAAGCCCAGGCGCUGCUGCGGCAUCUCGGGACGUUAAGGCAUGUUGUUUGUUAUUUGGUUUUGCUUAAAAUUACCUAAUAUUAACCUAA